AUGUGGCGAGACCGCACGAACCUUGGGAGCGACGACACCCGCGGCCUCCUCUCGGCUGGCGCCUUCGAGGACGAUGGCGAUGCCGUCAUAGAGAUGGAUCUCCUUCCACCUCGCUGGGCCGAUGUAUCCGAUGAGAUCACCGACCUGCUGGCGGACAUCGCCACCAGGAGCCAGGCUCUUGAGCGCUUACACCAGAAGCAUGUGCUACCCGGUUUCAAUGACGAGGACACCAAGAAGGCGGAGGAAAGAGAGAUCGAGACUCUCACACAGCAAAUCACCAAAGGUUUUCAUGACUGCCAUCGGUGCAUUCAAAAGGUCGAACAAAUGGUCAGGGAAUCGAAACAGUCAGGUACCAUUACCAGCGCCGAAGAGACGAUGGCCAAGAACAUACAGAUAUCAUUGGCUUCACGAGUCCAAGAAGCUAGCGCGCUGUUGAGGAAGAAGCAGAGCGCAUAUCUGAAAAAACUACGCGGGAUGAGCGGCCUCGGGGGCGGCGUGGCCAGUGCGGAUAGGGGAUCAACACCGCAGCCCUCAAGCUCCUAUAUGGACCCUUCAAUGCUCGAGUCGGACGCGGACAGGUCCUUUUCACAAUCAACACUCCAGGCUACACAGCAAAAGCUCCUCCAAUCGAAUGACACAGCCAUCACCCAGCGCGAACGUGAGAUUGAGGAUAUUGCACAGGGUAUCAUUGAGCUGGCCGACAUCUUCCGCGACCUGCAGAACAUGGUGAUCGACCAGGGCACCAUGCUGGACAGGAUAGACUACAACGUCGAGCGCAUGGCCACGGACGUAAAGGGAGCCGAGAAGGAGCUGGUCGUUGCCGCCGGAUACCAGAAGAAAACGACAAAGCGGAAAAUUAUACUGUUGCUCUUGAUCAUCAUUGCCGGCUUAAUCAUCUUGCUAGUGAUUAAGCCCAAAAAGCAUGGCGACGAGUAG